UUCUUUACACAUUUUAAAUAUCAACGCUUUAGUACAAAUUUGAUGUUUAACUGGUACGGAAUGGGCGAAGCUGAUCAGCAGCCAACUAUCAUGUCUUCCUUUAAUUUUAUACGCGGUAUGCUUUUGUUGUUCAACUCAUUGCUAUGGUUCAUUGGACUUUUAAUUAUCUUAACCGGCAUUUGGAUGCAAACCGAUUUUCAAAAUUAUAUAAAAAUCAGCGAUGGUUACUCGAUUUAUGUGCCCUACAUCUUACUUGCCGUGGGUGGCAUUCUGGUGUUCGUUGCUUCGCUGGCCUGCUCUUGUAUUGUAAAAGUCGAUCCUACGAUGUUAGUCAUUUAUGGCGGUUUCUUGAUUGCCGCGAUGUUUACCUUAAUACUACUUUCCAUAUACGUUUACGCUUACAAGGAUAAUGUGAUCGCCGGCCUAUCGGAUGGCAUUGGAUCGGAAGUUAAAAACUACAAAUCUUACAUUAAUGAUCAUUCACAAAGAAAUAACGGAUCAUUGAUCGAUUACAUUCAAAAUAACCUCCAAUGUUGCGGUGGAAAGAAUCAUCUUGACUGGCCGAAAAAUUCGCUGCCCAACUCAUGCUGCUGGAAUAAUGGCGUAACAGGAAAUUGUACAGAACAUCCAAUUGGACUUAUGCACGAAGUGGGAUGCUUACCAAAACUAAUACGACUAAUCAACACAAAUCUCACUAGUAUUGGUGUUAUGCUGUCGGUACUGGCUUUAUUUCCGUUAUUUGCAAUGGUAUUUGCCUACUCCCUGGCAGCCGCAAGUAGAAGAAUCGGUUAUCAGAGUAUAGACUGAACGCUGCCAAUGAUUGCGUUUUGUAAAAUAUUCACCUUUGAUACAUAUUUUUGAUGUAUUUUUAAUAUCAAAUCAAAUUGCAUACAUACAAACAUAUUAAACUAUGAGUUUAA